UAUGAGGGUGAAAUAUGAAACAAAAUGUGAAUUGCAAACAUAAUUUUUUUUUGAACGGAUUUACAGCUAAGAAAUAUUAAAUAUUAUAUGAAUAUUUUAGAUCAGUUAGGCAUGCAGCGGAUGAAUUAUAAUUAUAUUCGUGUGUGCUGUGCCCGAAAGCGCGCUAUAAUUAGCACAUGUGUCGUCGACGUCUAGUUUAGAUGAUUGACAGGUUUUGAUCCACCUUUGCUCUAAUUAAAAGUUGAACGAUUUUUGUUUUCUGUUUAAAUACUGCCUUUUGUCAUAAUGGUAGUUUCAGCAAUCAAGUUCAUUGUUGUUGAGAAAUUUGAAGUAAGGCGGAGAUCUGAUGGGAGUAGUUAUAUGAUAGGAAUGGUUCUUGAAGGUGAUGAAUCUAGGCCUAACGUUAAUGCCGCUGGAGGAGGAGAUCGAGAGGUGGAGCACGGUGAUACCGCAAGCAGUAAAGCUAAAGGCAACCCCGUUAUGCCUUGUUAUGUCAACGAGUGCGAAGAUAGCCUAAAAGCCAAGAUAUUGCAAUUAGAGGUCGGGAAGAAGGCAAUACUGACAAAUGUAAUGCGUUUUCCGAGCUCCUUCAAGUCUACGCCCAAGUCGAAGGUCAUCCUGAAUGUGUGUAAUUUUCGUGCGGAUGAAGGAGUUCUUGAAAGGUUUAUAAGACCUGAGGUAGUGUCAGUUGCAGAGGCACGGGGGUCUCCAUCCAAACGUCGGCUGAGUGUGGCAGGUGAUAUCGUUGAGGUCGGUCCAUGCGCAAACACAACUACUUACAAACGGCGAAGUUUGCAGAUGGAAGGGGCGGCUGGAACAUCGGUGGAGGUAGUGCUGUGGGGCGAAGCAGCGCUCAAAGAUGUGUCAUGUGGGAAAGCAGUAACCAUUACGGCCGUGGUAAAAGAUGGGAAGAAAUUGUCGUCUACACCAUCUACCAGAGUUGAGAGUUCAUCAUACACAGUUGACACUGGAAUCAUUGUCGGGAUGGAAGAUGUGGCGAAUGGAUAUCCUGUCGAGGUUGUUCUUGAAAACGGCGAUUCGCUAUUUAUUAGUGAUGAAAUUCCUUUUGACUUUGGUGCCCAGUUGCCACUCCAGGUGAAAUACAAGGCUGCCCAUGGGGGAAUUGUUGAAAGCAUCACUACUGUUGAUCAAGAGUGAAUAAUAUACAAAUAACGAAUGAAAAACAUUCAUUAUUAAAUUGCUUUAUACAACAUCAAAGAUGUAAUAGAGCGUUAAUCAACAAAUUAUGCUUUACUCCUUAUAUUUAUUAAAGUUGGAGUCAAGCCUUCUCGACAUACAUUCAGAUUGCCUUCGUGUCAGAUACACACAGGGAUAUACGCGCACGGCAGAGAUCGAGGUACGCAUAGUCUGCAUAUAACCAAAAAUGCACUCUGCAUAACCAAAAAUGCACGGUCGUGCAAUAUAACAUAUAUUGAAUAUCACGUGACCAGCAAUCCUCCAAUCAAAUGACAAGGAUCCACGUAGGUGUUGUAUAGAGUACCGAAGCUGUGACGUCAUAAAAAUCUAUUUUGGGAAUUUCUCUAUUUUUUCUUCAUUUUCCGAAAGAGCAUCAAAAAUAAU